CGUCAGCCGACAUGUGCAAAGCUGUAUUUGAGAACAUGCUAUCCUCGGCUACUAUCUACCUUGGUAGCAUAUAAUCCCAUAGAGUCAACCAUCAAGGCACAGUAGCCACUUGAUCGAUUCACUCAAGGCUAACUGCAUACACUUACCUGCAAGUCGCUUCUUUGCAACCAAACAUGGCGCCUGAGAGGAAACCACCUAUCGUACUUGCGCCUACUUCUCCACCAGAUGAUAUCUCCAAGUCGGCUGCCUUCGUCUUUAUCCAUGGCCUCGGUGACGAAGCAGAAGGCCUAGCAAACGUCGCCAACCAAUUUCAGUCUGCGGGCAAACUACCGUAUAUGUCUUGGGUUAUUCCCAAUGCGCUAGAAAACCACGAUCUAGCAACUACUGCCUGGUAUCUCCCCACACGCCUCUCUCCAUAUCCACCGUCGCGGCCUGAGCUCGAAGAUGACGAAGACGAAGACGGCAUGAUGGCAACAGUAUCGUAUAUCACCACAUUGAUUGAUGAUCUCGUCAGACAGGGUGUCCCUGCGGAAAGAAUUAUUCUAGGGGGUUUCUCACAGGGUCAUGCUAUGGCGCUUCUAACUGGCUUGAUAUCCAAGUACGCUGGGCAACUUGGGGGACUGGCCGGUUUGUCUGGAUACCUUCCUCUGGCAACACAGAUACCCAGGCUGAGAGAGCAAGCCGGGUUACCGAAGGAUGUAAGUGAAAGUAAGGAGGUAUUUCUGGCAAGGGGAACUGGGGAUCGAUUGGUGCCAAAGCGUUACCAUCGUUUGUGUUAUGAAGGAUUGUAUGAACUUGGUAUCGAGAAAGAGAAGGUAACGGUAAAAGAAUAUGAGGGAAUGGGUCAUAUCAUGGGCGCGGCUGAGCUGCGAGACUUGUGUGCUUGGUUGGAGAAAGCAAUACCCGAAAUAGACUAAGAUGAGGAAUAAUUCGACCCUGCGAAGUUGUGGCAGGCGAAACUGAUGAC